AUGUUGCUGGGAAAGACAGGCUCAGGUAAAAGCAGCUUCAUCAAGUUGCUCCGUGGAAAGGAUGAUACUGGGAACGAACCAGAUGUGGACGGUGGCACUAACUCAACCACGGUGGAGGUCACACCAUACAAUUGCCAUGUCAAUGAUAGAAGUGUCAUACUCAUUGAUACCCCCGGUUUCGAUGAUGAUGUGCGGGACAACAUCGAUAUACUCUUAGCUAUUACAUCGAACCUCUUACGUCUAGCUCUUGAGGGCAGCCAGCUUCACGGCGUUAUUUUCCUGCACGACAUUAGUGAGCGGCGAUUCUCUGGCAGCCAGAAGAGAACACUCUCAAUUCUUCGACAGAUGUGCGGCGCAGGAGCAAUGGGGAACGUCAUUAUAGGUACCACAAUGUGGUCUUCCGACAAGAAAAAGAACGAGCAAGAAAUGAGGGAGGCCCACAUUUUAAAAGAGCAUUGGGACGGUAUUCAUUCAACAGUAAGGUUGCCUGAGGACGACUUUGACGCGGCGGCUGGCAUUGUUACUGCGCUAUUAUCGGUUCCUCGUGUUUACCUUCUUGUGCAAGAUGAGAUGUAUAAAACCGGCGGUGAAUUAGGUAAGACUACUGUCGGCAAAAUGAUUUCUGCUGAGGGCAAAGAUAAGCUUGAGAGCUUGAAGCAGCAAGGAAAGGACAAGGACGCUGGAACUCUGGAGAGAGUGCUGGAGAAAUUAAAACGCCCUGCAGACAUGACUUUUGCGGAGAAAUUUGGAUUGGCUAUUGCUGCUCCCAUCGUCCUAGCUCCAGCCGCUCUUGUUGCUGCACCUGUCGGGGUCAUUUACGCAUUGGUUCAUGGUGCAAAUUAUUUCACUGGUGGUAGUAAAUAG